GUUAGGGAGUAGUCUAGAAACUAAACAGUCGCGUCUAUACGUAGUAUUUAAUUUACAUUUUACAUCCUCUUUGAUUCUUGUUAUAAAUUAAAUAUCUUUUGCUUGUAAAGUUGUAAUCGUACAAAGUGAAAAACGUUUCAAGAUUAAUAUAUUCUUGUUUGUGUAUUAUAAAAAUAAAAUAAUAAUCUAAUUACUCAAAAUCUAUGCGGAGUGACAUUUAUUUCUUAGUUUAAAUUGAAUUAUUUUUAGCAAGGACAUUAUGAUAAAUUGUCUUUAAAAGGGUAGAAAAUGUUGAGAUUAUCUAGCUUAUUGAUUUUAACUGUUUUUCUUGGUUAUGUUUCAGCAUCGUAUGAAGAUAAACGAUGCAAAUGUGUUUGUCCAAGUCCAGCUACUGUUUUGAACAAUACAGUGGGCUCAGACCGGAAGCUUUACAUUGGAAAUGUGCCCCCAAAUAUGUGUAACUGUGAUGGACUUAUUCUACCUCGUGUUGGAGACCUUGUGAAAGGACGUGAACAGGAGUUUUGUCCACGGUGUGAAUGCAAAUAUGAGAAUAGAAAUACAACUAUCAUAAAGGUUGUAGUGAUAAUUGUUCUCUGGGUUAUUAUGCUACUUGUUGCAUACAUGGGAUUUCUGAUAUGCCUUGAUCCAUUGAUAAAUAAGAGAGCUAAAGCAUCCUAUCAGGAACACACCAAUGAAGAUGAUGAAAGUACACUAGGUGGACCAUCUCAGCCGAUUAGUUCACGUGGUAAUGUUCUCAAUCGUGUCACACAUCAACAAGAUAAAUGGAAGCGACAAGUGAGAGAACAACGGCGCAAUAUUUAUGAUAGACAUACCAUGUUGAACUAGGAUUUAGCCUGAGGGACAUUCUGAUCAACAUCAAUUGUGCCCUCAAAAACAAAUUGUAAUAGUUUAAAAGCUAUUAUUUCAUAGUUUAUUGACAUUCAUGACUAGGUAUUAAAUAAAUCCUUGUAUAAUGGUAUUGACAUGAAUGUGGUAUUAAAUUUAUGAAUUGUUUAAAUUAAAUUUAUUUUUACUUUCUGUUUUAUUAGAUCACAUAAGGACAAAUGUUUGCUAAUUUUAUUGAGCUGGUUGUAUAUUAUCAUUACAAUAUAGAUGUUCAAAUGUUAUUGUAUGGUAAUUUUAGAGUGCGAAGGUUGGAUUAGCAAUACUAACUAGAUUGACAAUAGCUAAGAAAGUGUGACUAAAAAGUGUCCGAACCUUGUUGCAUACAAGUAUAGCUAACAUUAUGUUGUUAAAAAUAUCCACUUUAUUAUUAAACUCUAUCGGCCUUACAAUUAAACUUGGUAUAAGUAAAGUUAUAACUGAUGAUAAACAAAGAAAAUGCAAAAUGUUUACAAUAUUGUUGACAACAUUGUCAAUAAAAUGAUAAUAUUCUGAAGCUUUCCGAAUGACAAGCUGGCUUGCAAAUAAACGCGGGAAACAUUAUAUGUCCGAACAAACCAUUCCUAAGCAAAAGGUCUAUUUGUAAACAUUUUACAUAUUCUUGGUUUAUGCUUAGUUAUAACUUUAACUCUAUGCCAAUUUUAUUUGUUGUUAUAUGUUCACUGUUAACUGUUCACUCGUCAUUGGAGGGCUGUAUUAAUUACUCAUAUGUCAAUGUGACAAUACAAGGCUUACUUGCUAUACACUGCUAACACAGUGUGUUGAGCAGACUUUUGCCUCGGACACUUUAGUGUGAUUGGUUCUCAUAGAUCAUAUGUAAAUUUGCAUAUGUAUCUAUGUUGUUUAGUAAUAUUUUACCAGUGAUAGUUCACAAGAAACAAUUUUUUUUUUUCAAUGGAAUGUUAUGUAAAAUUACUUUUAUCUUUUAAUGUUAAUAAUAAAUUAUAAUGAUUAAAAUUUAGUAUCAUACAUCAAUAAUAGUUGAAGAAAAUUAAAUGUAUUUUACCUGCUUGUUGUAUGGUAUUGAUUGUAACAUUCAAGAUGUGGUCUAACUUAUACAUCAAUCUUGCUUUAGCACCAAAUCAAUUAUUCAUCAUGAAGAUUCAUUAUAUCCAAUUGUAUUUUGCAUUGAUGCCUCAAACACUAUUUACUGUCCAUUAAAGCAAUAGGUUAACACAUUUAUGUGGAAUCGUUAUAAAUAAGAAUUUAUUUUAAAGGUUCGGUUAAUAAGAUAAUAUUGUAUUUUAAGCAUGCAUCUUUCCGAUUAUAGUAUUAAAAUGUAACUGUAACAA